AUGGAGCCACGCCCCGCCGCCGCCAUCGCGGCCGCGGCGGUCACCGUCGCCGUCGUCGUCGUGGCCUGGCUCCUCCCUCCCGCGUCAGCGUCCGACGCGGCGGAGGCAGCCGUGGGGGUGAACUGGGGCACGAUGAUGUCGCAUCCCAUGCUCCCGUCGGCGGUGGUCGAGAUGCUGCGCGCCAACGGCGUGAACCGGGUGAAGCUGUUCGACGCCGACCCCUGGACGGUCGCCGCGCUCGCCGACUCGGGGAUCCAGGCGAUGCUCGCCGCUCCCAACGACCAGCUCGCGUCACUCGCACGCGAUCCGCGCCGCGCGCGCGACUGGGUCCGGGAGAACGUCACCGCCAACCUCGACGCCGGCGUCGACGUCAGGUAUGUGGCUGUUGGCAAUGAGCCUUUUCUGAAGAGCUACAAUGGGAGCUUCAUCAACAUUACCUUUCCUGCUCUCAAGAACAUGCAAAGAGCUCUAGAUGAGGCUGGUUUUGGCCAAUGCAUCAAGGCAGUUGUACCGCUGAAUGCUGAUGUCUACAGCUCCCCUGAGAACAAACCAGUGCCAUCAGCUGGGAGUUUCCGCAGGGAUAUCAAUGCCCUCAUGGUUGACAUUGUUAAUUUCCUCAAUGUGAAUGAUGCACCCUUUGUUGUCAACAUCUACCCAUUUCUCAGCCUAUACCAGAAUCCCAACUUCCCGCUGAAUUUCUCCUUCUUUGAUGGUGGUACUAAGCCGGUUUAUGACAAAGGAUUGGUAUACACCAAUGUGUUUGAUGCCAACUUCGACACUCUUGUUUGGUCAUUGAGGAAAGCUGGUGCGCCCGACAUGAAAGUCAUCGUUGGUGAGGUUGGCUGGCCAACAGAUGGUGAUAAGAACGCUAAUGUCAAGUAUGCACAGAGGUUCUAUGAUGGUUUCCUGAAGAAGAUGGCCAAAAAUGUCGGCACACCUCUGAGACCUGGUCACAUGGAUGUUUACCUGUUUGCGUUGAUUGAUGAAAACCAGAAGAGUGUACUGCCUGGACGCUUUGAGCGCCACUGGGGACUAUUUACCUAUGAUGGAAAACCAAAGUUCUUUAUGGAUCUCGGUGGAAAUGGCCAAAACAAGUAUCUCAUUGGAGUAAAAGGAGUACAGUACUUGCCAUCACAGUGGUGCGUAUUCAACAAGGAUGCAAAGGAUAAGUACAAAGAUCUGCCGGCCUCUGUAAACUAUGCAUGCUCAAAUGCAGAUUGUACACCACUGGGGUAUGGGUCCUCAUGCAAUGGUCUCAGCCAUGAUGGUAACAUAUCAUAUGCAUUCAACAUCUAUUUCCAAACAAUGGAUGAGGAUGUCAGGGCUUGUUCUUUUGGAGGCCUUGCAAAGAUCACAACAACAAACGCAUCACAAGAAGGGUGCUUGUUUCCAGUACAGAUUCUGAGUGCUUCAGGAAGAGUGGUGCCACUGAUAUUUUUGCCUAUGUCCUUGGUUCUUUUAGUAUCUGUAUUCACUCUAAUAUAGACAAGAGAUGACAGUAGUAAACUCUGAAAUAUUAAGUCAUUGAAGCUAUAAUAGGAGUGCACAUGACAGAGAAAAGAAGACAGGAAUGCAAAAGCGUUGUUCCUUCGUAUUCCUAGAGUCACUCAGGAUGAAGCUGAUGAGGAAGACAAAGCUGUUGAA